AUGCGUCGAUCAUUACGAUAUCGAUUACAAAAUAUCCUCAAACGAACACCACAAAUCUCAACUGAACCUCGUAUUAUUCAUAUCAAUAAUGACUCUUUGAAUUCACAACAAAAAUUCUUAGGCAACUCUGUUUCAACUGCAAAAUACAAUCCAAUCACCUUUUUACCAAAAUUUCUUUAUGAAGAAUUCUCAAAACCAGCCAAUUUGUUUUUCUUAUUCAUCUCGGGUAUUCAGCAAAUUCCAAAUAUCUCUCCUACUUCAAAAUAUACCACGCUGGUUCCACUUGUCAUUGUACUGUUGAUUACUGCAGUGAAAGAAAUGUUAGAAGAUUUCGGUGUUCAUAGAUCAGAUCGGGAACUGAAUAACACCAAAUGCAAGAUCUAUGAUGGAUCUCAAUUCAAGGAAAAGAAAUGGCGUGACAUCAAGGUGGGUGAUAUUUGUCGUAUUGAAAGCUCGGAAUUCUUUCCUGCAGAUCUUAUUCUACUUAGUAGUUCGGAACCAGAAGGUCUUUGUUAUAUAGAAACAAGCAAUUUAGAUGGUGAAGUCAACUUAAAAAUCAAACAAGCAUUAUCAGAAACGUCACAUAUUGUCUCUCCUUCUCAACUUUCUCAAUUACAGGGCGUUAUCAAAUCAGAACAACCCAACAAUCGUUUAUAUAAUUAUGAUGGUACUCUUUGUUUAACAACUCAAGAUGGAAAACCAAAAAACCUUCCUUUGGAUCCUAACAAACUCUUACUUCGUGGAGCUCAACUUCGAAAUACAAGUUGGAUUUAUGGGGUAGUAGUUUUUACUGGACAUGAAACAAAAUUGAUGUUGAACUCAAGCAAAAAGCCAACCAAAGCAUCUAAUGUGGCACGUAUCACCAAUCGCAAUAUCUUGUACUUAUUUACUAUGCUUGUGGUCAUGAGCGUUUUAUGUUCAGUUGGCAAUCUUGUUAUCUCCAUGAAUAAUGAUCAACACCUGGCAUUGUAUAUUCCUAUCUCUGGAGCUGAACGUGCAAGAGAAUUCGGACUCAAUAUCUUGACAUUUAUGAUUUUGUUCAACAGUUUUAUUCCAAUCAGUUUGAUGGUCACCAUGGAAAUCGUGAAAUUCGUACAGUCAAAGAUGAUUGAUAAUGACUUGGAUAUAUACUAUGACAAGACAGAUACACCAGCAGUAGCACGCAGCAGCAGUUUGAUUGAAGAAUUAGGACAAGUGGAAUACGUAUUUUCGGAUAAGACGGGAACUCUGACUUGUAAUGAAAUGGAGUUUCGGGAGUGCUCUAUUGCCGGACUCGCCUAUGCAAAUCAACCAGAUCCAGAUCGCCGACCAACAAACGACAAUGAUAGCCAUGGACAAUACUCAUUCAAACAAUUAGAACAACAUCUUCAUGAAUCACAACACAACAAUGUUAUCCAUGAAUUCCUGACUUCCUUGAUGACUUGUCAUACGGUGAUUCCUGAAACCAAAGAAGGCUCGGAUGAAAUUGUCUACCAGGCGUCCUCUCCUGAUGAAGGUGCUCUUGUCACUGGUGCCAGCAAGGUAUUCAAGUAUCAUUUUUAUGCUCGUCGACCUCAUUCCAUCAAUUGUACCAUCAAUGGAGAAGAUCAAGAAUAUCAAAUCCUGAAUGUCUGUGAAUUCAACUCAACUCGAAAGCGAAUGUCUGUUGUACUUCGUGGUCCUGAUGGCAAAGUGAAACUUUAUUGUAAAGGUGCUGAUACUGUGAUUUUGGAACGAUUAAACAAUGAUAAUCCAUUUGUAGAUGCUACCUUGGAACAUUUAGAGAAUUUUGCUAAUGAAGGAUUACGAACACUUUGUUAUGCUAUGCGUGAAAUCUCUGAUGAAGAAUAUGCAAGAUGGUCUCAAAUUUAUGACAAUGCGGCUACUACUUUGGUGAAUCGAGCUGACGAAUUGGACAAGGCAGCAGAAAUGAUCGAAAAAGAUAUGUUUUUGGUGGGAGCUACAGCUAUUGAAGACAAAUUACAAGAUGGUGUGCCUGAAACGAUUCAUACUUUACAAGAAGCCAAUAUUAAAGUCUGGGUACUUACUGGUGAUCGUCAAGAAACAGCCAUCAACAUUGGAUACAGCUGUAAAUUAUUAACGGAAGAUAUGGAUUUGAUUAUUUGUAAUGAAGAAGAACACGACGCAACAAAAUCAUACUUGGAAACAAAACUUGCUGAAGCCAUUGCUCAUGAUCAAAUAAGUCAAGAGCCUUUGGCAUUGGUGAUAGAAGGAAAAGCGUUAACAUAUGCUCUAGAAAAUGAUGUGGAAAAGAUUCUUUAUGAUUUAGCUAUACGGUGCAAAGCUGUAGUUUGUUGUCGAGUAUCCCCUCUUCAAAAGGCUUUGGUCGUGAAAUUGGUGAAAAAAUAUUCCAAAUCGAUCUUAUUGGCUAUUGGUGAUGGGGCAAAUGAUGUGUCUAUGAUUCAAGCUGCUCAUGUAGGAAUUGGUAUCAGUGGUGUGGAAGGAUUACAAGCCGCAAGAAGUGCUGAUUUUGCCAUUUCUCAAUUCCGAUUCUUGAAGAAAUUACUAUUGGUACAUGGUGCUUGGGCUUAUCAACGAUUAUCCAAAAUGAUCUUUUUCUACUUUUAUAAGAAUGUGGCUCUUUAUUUGACUCAAUUUUGGUACUCUAUCUUUACUGGCUUUUCAGGACAAACUUUAUAUGAAUCUUGGACAAUGUCAUGUUUUAAUGUCAUCUUUACAUUCUUACCUCCUAUGGCCAUUGGUAUAUGUGAUCAAUUUGCUUCUGCUCGAUUAUUGGACAAAUAUCCUCAAAUUUAUACAUUAGGACAAAAGAAUGAAUUUUUCAAUCAAAAACGAUUUUGGGGUUGGAUUCUUAAUGCAGUAUAUCACUCAGCUCUUUUGUUCUUCCUUGGUAUGAUUGCUUUUACAGAUGAUGCUGUCUUUCUUCUCGGAUGGACGGGUGGUCAAUGGUGGGUGGGAACAACCAUUUUUAGUGCUACCUUGGCAACGAUUCUUUGGAAGGCCGCUCUGAUUUCUGAUAUUUGGACAAAGUAUACUUACAUUGCGAUUCCUGGAUCCAUGUUGAUUUGGUUUAUCUAUCUUCCUUUUGUUGCAUAUGUGGGUCCAAUGACUCCAUGGGGCAUCUUUUUGGAAUAUGAAGGGAUUGUUCCUCAAUUGUUUGGUAAUGUCAACUAUUGGCUCUUCUUUUUGAUGAUUCCCCUAUUGUGCAACCUUCGAGACUAUAUUUGGAAAUAUUAUAAACGGAUGUAUCGUACAAGAAGUUACCAUUAUAUUCAAGAAAUUCAGAAAUUCAACUUACCUGAUUAUCGACCUAGAAUGGACCGGUUCAGAAGAGCUGUCAAUAAGGUACGGAAAAUCCAACGACUCAAGCAAUCUCGAGGUUUCGCUUUUGCACAAAAUGAUACCGAUCAAGGCAAAAUCAUUAGAAUGUACGAUACCACCCAACAAAAACCUAUUGGAUAG